AUGAAUUCUACAGUUGUUCAGGCUUUGAGUGUACAAGAUAUAAGUAAAUCAUUGCAAGGGUUUGGAACUGCUGAUUAUGCGGUAUUUUCGUGUAUGUUGGCAGUCUGUCUUAUAAUCGGAGUUUACUUUGGUUGGAAAGACCAUAAAAGAUGUCGGCAACAGAAAACAUCAAGACGAAACUCAGAAGCCCUAGAUUACCUGGUCGGAGGCCGUAAGCUUAAGAUUUUUCCGGUCGCAAUGUCCUUAGUAGCAAGCUUCAUUUCCGGAAUAGCACUGAUUGGUGCAUCGACAGAAACAUAUUUGUACGGCAUACACUUCGGUUUCAUUUUCUUUGGGAUAAUCAUGAUGGCCAUUAGCAUGAAUUUUUUGUUCAUCCCCAUAUUCCAUGCUUUGGAGAUUACGUCUGUUUAUGAAUAUCUUUAUCUACGGUUCGACGAAAGAGUUCGUUUGUUAGGAUCAAUUCUAUUUACGAUAGCUACGUUACUCCAUUUGCCUAUUGUAAUAUUCGUACCAGCGCUAGCGUUUAAUCAAGUUUCAGGGAUUAAUGUUCAUUUUAUAACAACCGUUGUCUGCACAGUGUGCAUUUUUUAUACAGGAGUUGGAGGCAUCAAGGCAGUGGUGUGGACAGAUGUUCUUCAAACGAUUGUCAUGGUUGGAUCAUUGGUGCUUAUUAUGUGGAAGGGAACUGCAGAUAUUGGUGGAAUCGGAGUCCUAAUUGAACGUAAUUUGGCUAGCGGUAGAAUAGAACCUCCCAAUUUGAAUUUAGAUCCUACGGAAAGAAUGACUCUCUGGACAAUUGUUUUUGGCGGCGGAGUCUUCUGGAUAGCAAAGAAUUCGAUUCACCAGAUGAUGGUUCAAAGAUAUUUAUCAUUACCGACAUUCCGAGAUGCUCAACGGGCCUUAUUCGUAUAUACGAUCUGUAUAAUAUGCCUGUUAUCCAUGUGUUUCUAUAAUGGUUUACUAAUUUACGCAACGUUCCAUGACUGUGAUCCAUUGACAACAAAACUCGCUCGAGCAAAAGACCAAUUACUGCCAAUAUUGGUGAUGAAAGUUCUAGGCGGCUAUCCUGGUUUGGCUGGACUGUUUAUAUCAGGCAUUUUCAGCGCUUCACUCAGUUCGCUAUCGACAGGUCUAAAUUCCCUGGCAGCAAUUGUGCUAGAAGACUUUGUCAAACCUCUUCUUAAAAAUCGAUUGACGGAGCGCCAAACCCGAUACUUGAUGAGAGGUACUGUAUUCGUUUUCGGUGCUAUAGCUCUAGUACUCGUAAUUGUAGUAGAAAAGCUUGGUACCGUCCUUCAGCUAUCCAUGAGUCUGGUUCCAAUAUCACUCGGUCCACUAUUAGGAAUUUUUCUAACUGGAAUGUUGCUGCCUUGGAUUAAACCGAAGAGCGCUUUAAUUGGAGCUGCAACAGGCUUACUAGCAAUGGGUUACAUCGUCAUUAGAGCUCAGAUAGCAAUUGCUUCUAAAGAAAUCAUUUAUCCUGUUAAACCUGUUUCGACUGAAGGAUGUAUUUACGACUUCGAUAACAGUACUGUACAGGAGGAAAAUUCGGCCUCAGUUGAGAAAUCUAUUCAUCAUGUAUCGUUCCUUUACUAUACACUUAUUGGAGCUGUCAUAACGUCUGUGACUGCCCUUCUAUCCAUAACAUGUAUUGGUCAACAGGAUAUUUCGAAGCUCAACCCACUUCUCAUUGCACCGUUUCUUAGAAAAUAUUUUUAUCCUCCAGAAAAUUCCAACAAAAUUGGUGUAGUUCAUUGCUUUGAAGAAGCAGACACGAAGUUGUGA